AUGACUAUAUUCGAUAAAGCAUUCUUGAUCUAUAAUGCGAAACACAGAUAUAACAGAUUUCUGAUGAUUGAUACCUUAGGAACACCAAACGUUGUAAAGAUUAAUAAAAAUUUAUUCCUAAUUUGGUACAGAAAAGUAUCGAAAAUCCAAAUAUUUAAUAUCAACACAUUAACUGUAGAAUAAACAAUAUUCUUGCCUAAAAACUAGAUUAUAAAUUAGUUUUAGAAGGUUAGUAACUGUAAAACAUAUAAAAAUGAACUUUGCCUCAGAGACUUCAAGGAUAUAUGCUUUUAUGAGCUGAGGGUGUACGAAUACCCCUUUCUAUUUUUAAAGCAUAAGAUUCAUGUCUUGAAUAUAGGGAAUUUAAUCCUAAACACGCAGAUUAAUCGAAACUACGUUUGUAACUAUUAUCACGAUUUUGAUAGAAAAAAAACUAUGGUACAUGUUUCUAAUCGCGUUGAUUUACAAUAAAUUGAUUUGGAGUUUGAAUCAAAAGAUCAGGUAUUCAUGGUCAAUUAGUUACAAAAUGAGGACAAAGUACCGGUAUUUUUGAGACUAUCAGAUGACAAGCUCUCACUGGUGAUUCUAAAUGAGGCUAAUUAGAAGGCUGUAAAAGUCCUGGAUUUAAAUAACUUUAACUCCUUGAACACCUAAAUUCUUGCUGCAAAUUCAAUCACUUCGGUCUAUACAAAAACCUACAGAUCUAAAUUUAUAGUCUUUAUCAUUCGGAAACUUCCAGACAAUCAAGGGUUUUUAUGGCGAAUAGAAAUAGGUAGAAAAUUCAUAAAGAAUUUAAUUCUAGAAAAUCAAGUUUGA